AUGGCCUCCAACACCCCAUUCACCCUCAAGUGGGGUAUCAUGGCAACCGGGUGGAUUGCUGAGACAUUCACCCAGGAUCUGCUCACCAAUCCCGCCACCACCCGCGACGUGCACGAUGUCCGCCACGAGGUCGUUGCCGCGGCCUCGUCUAGCUCCAAGCAGAGAGCCGAGGAGUUCCUUGUCAAGGUCAAGGCCCCCAGUUCGGCCAAGGCCUACGGAUCCUACCACGAGCUCGUCGCCGACCCCGAGAUCGAUAUCAUCUAUGUGGCCACCCCGCACAGCCAUCACUUCCAGAAUGCCAUGCUAGCUCUCGAGGCCGGCAAGAAUGUCUUGUGCGAAAAGGCCCUCACGGUAACGGCCUCGCAGGCCCGUAAGCUGAUCGACAUGGCCAAGAAGAAGAAAGUCUUUUUCAUGGAAGCAGUCUGGACUCGCUAUCAGCCCAUCAGCAUCAAGGUCAGGGAGUUGAUCCAGUCUGGAGUCAUUGGCCCCGUCUACCGUGUUGUUGCCGAUCUGUCGUUCGGCAAUGACCAACCCGAUGGCACUGUCAGCUUCGCCGACACCCACCGCAUGGUUAACCCGGACUUGGCUGGAGGUGCCCUUCUUGACCUCGGCAUCUACUCGCUGACAUGGGUCUUCCAGACCAUGUACCAUCUGCAAAAGGAGAAGGAGAAGCCCAAGGUUGUGGCGGCCGUCCAAAAGUACCAUACGGGCGCCGACGAGGCUACCAGCAUCAUUGUGCAGUGGCCGCAACACAAGAGCCAGGGCAUUGCCCUCACCUCUCUCCGGCUAGCUACCGGGGUGGACAAAGAGAACACGGGCGGACCGGCUAUCCGGAUUCAGGGCUCCGGCGGCGAGAUUCACGUGGCGGGACCGGCGUAUCGGCCGCUGCAGUACAAGGUGAUCCGAGGUGAUGCUGGCGGCAAGAUCGAGACGGUCGACUUUUCGAUCCCCAAGGAUCCCGAGCGGGAUUGGGGCCACGGCAUGUUUUGGGAGGCGGACGAGUGCGCGCGCUGCAUCCGGGACGGCAAGAAGGAGAGCGAGUCGUUGCCGUGGGAGGAGAGCCUGGUGAUGAUGGAGGUGAUGGAGGAAGCGCUGAAGCAGGGCGGAGUGACGUAUCCCGACCUGAUCACGACUGAUGUGUUUGAUGCGCAGAGCCCCCUGAACACGGGCAAGAGGUAA